AUUUUUUUUAGUCCACGAUCAUUCCAGUGUCCUGAUUCUUUACACCUCUUAUAAUGAAAUCAGAGUCCGGACGCUGCUCUUUAGGAAAAUCUCCACAGACUCCUGCUGCUACUGUCUCAAAGAUGUACCACUGCUCAGAUUGUGGGAAGAGUUUUACUAAGAGUGGUGAUCUCCAACGGCAUGAGCGCAUCCACACGGGAGAGAAGCCAUAUUACUGCUCACAGUGUGGGAAGAGUUUUACUCGUCAGAGUCAUCUCCAAAUACACCAGCGCAUUCACACAGGAGAGAAGCCGUAUCACUGUGGACAGUGUGGGAAGAGUUUUAGUCAAGAGAGUAAUCUCCAGCAGCACAAACGCAUUCACACAGGAGAGAAGCCGUAUCACUGUGGACAGUGUGGGAAGAGUUUUACUAGUCAGAAUAGUCUCCAAAUACACGAGCGCAUUCACACAGGCGUAAAGCCGUAUCACUGUGGACAGUGUGGGAAGAGUUUUACUCUCCAGGGUAAUCUCAAACGUCACCAGCGCAUUCACACAGGAGAGAAGCCGUAUCACUGCUCUCAGUGUGGGAAGAGUUUUAGUCAAGAGAGUAAUCUCCAGCAGCACAAACGCAUUCACACAGGAGAGAAGCCGUAUCACUGUAGACAGUGUGGGAAGAGUUUUACUAGUCAGAAUAGUCUCCAAAUACACCAGCACAUUCACACAGGAGAGAAGCUGGAUCACUGUGGACAGUGUGGGAAGAGUUUUACUAGUCAGAAUAGUCUCCAAAUACACCAGCGCAUUCACACAGUGGUAAAGCCGUAUCACUGUGGACAGUGUGGGAAGAGUUUUACUAGUCAGAAUAGUCUCCAAAUACACCAGCGUAUUCACACAGGAGAGAGGCCAUAUCACUGUGGACAGUGUGGGAAGAGUUUUACUAGUCAGAAUAGUCUCCAAAUACACGAGCACAUUCACACAGGCGUAAAGCCGUAUCACUGCUCGCAGUGUGGGAAGAGUUUUAGUCGAAAGAGUCAUCUCCAGCAGCACGAGCGUAUUCACACAGGAGAGAAGCCUCAUCACUGUGGACAGUGUGGGAAAAGUUUUAGUUGUCUGAGUAGUCUCAACCUUCAUCAGCUCAUUCACACAGGAGUAAAGCCGUAUCACUGCUCGCAGUGUGGGAAGAGUUUUAGUCAAAAGAGAAGUCUCCAGCAGCACGAGCGUAUUCACACAGGAGAGAGGCCGUAUCACUGCCCCCAGUGUGGGAAGAGUUUUACUUGUCAGAGUACUCUCAAAGUACACCAGCGCAUUCACACAGGCGUAAAGCCGUAUCACUGUGGACAGUGUGGGAAGAGUUUUAGUCAAGAGAGUUAUGUUCAAACACAUCAGCGCAUUCACACAGGAGAGAAGCCAUAUCACUGUGAACAGUGUGAUAAGAGUUUUAUUUGUCUGAGUAUUUUGAACAGUCACCAGCGCAUUCACACAGGAGUAAAGCCGUACCACUGCUCGCAGUGUGGGAAGAGUUUUAUUCGAAAGAGUACUCUCCGGCAGCACGAGCGCAUUCACACAGGAGAGAAGCCGUAUCACUGCUCGCAGUGUGAGAAGAAUUUUAGUCAAAAGAGUACUCUCCGGCAGCACGAGCGCAUUCACACAGGAGAGAAGCUGGAUCACUGUGGACAGUGUGGGAAGAGUUUUACUAGUCAGAAAAGUCUCCAAAUACACCAGCGCAUUCACACAGGAGUAAAGCCGUAUCACUGUGGACAGUGUGGGAAGAGUUUUACUAGUCAGAAUAGUCUCCAAAUACACCAGCGUAUUCACACAGGAGAGAGGCCAUAUCACUGUGGACAGUGUGGGAAGAGUUUUACUAGUCAGAAUAGUCUCCAAAUACACGAGCACAUUCACACAGGCGUAAAGCCGUAUCACUGUGGACAGUGUGGGAAGAGUUUUAGUCGCCAGGGUACUCUCAAUUGUCACCAGCGCAUUCACACAGGAGAGAAGCUGUAUCACUGCUCGCAGUGUGGGAAGAGUUUUAGUCGAAAGAGUCAUCUCCAGCAGCACGAGCGUAUUCACACAGGAGAGAAGCCUCAUCACUGUGGACAGUGUGGGAAAAGUUUUAGUUGUCUGAGUAGUCUCAACCUUCAUCAGCUCAUUCACACAGGAGUAAAGCCGUAUCACUGCUCGCAGUGUGGGAAGAGUUUUAGUCAAAAGAGAAGUCUCCAGCAGCACGAGCGUAUUCACACAGGAGAGAGGCCGUAUCACUGCCCCCAGUGUGGGAAGAGUUUUACUUGUCAGAGUACUCUCAAAGUACACCAGCGCAUUCACACAGGCGUAAAGCCGUAUCACUGUGGACAGUGUGGGAAGAGUUUUAGUCAAGAGAGUUAUGUUCAAACACAUCAGCGCAUUCACACAGGAGAGAAGCCAUAUCACUGUGAACAGUGUGAUAAGAGUUUUAUUUGUCUGAGUAUUUUGAACAGUCACCAGCGCAUUCACACAGGAGUAAAGCCGUACCACUGCUCGCAGUGUGGGAAGAGUUUUAUUCGAAAGAGUACUCUCCGGCAGCACGAGCGCAUUCACACAGGAGAGAAGCCGUAUCACUGCUCGCAGUGUGAGAAGAAUUUUAGUCAAAAGAGUACUCUCCGGCAGCACGAGCGCAUUCACACAGGAGAGAAGCUGGAUCACUGUGGACAGUGUGGGAAGAGUUUUACUAGUCAGAAAAGUCUCCAAAUACACCAGCGCAUUCACACAGGAGUAAAGCCGUAUCACUGUGGACAGUGUGGGAAGAGUUUUACUAGUCAGAAUAGUCUCCAAAUACACCAGCGCAUUCACACAGGAGUAAAGCCGUAUCACUGUGGACAGUGUGGGAAGAGUUUUACUCUCCAGGGUACUCUCAAACUUCACCAGCGCAUUCACAUAGGAGAAAAAAUGUACCAAUGCUCAGAUUGUGGGAAGAGUUUUACUAAGAAUGGUGAUCUCCAAAAGCACGAGUGUAUCCACACAGGGGAGAAGCCAUAUCACUGUGGACAGUGUGAGAGGAGUUUUACUUGCCAGAGUAAUCUCCAACGGCAUGAGCGCAUCCACACGGGAGAGAAGCCAUAUUACUGCUCACAGUGUGGGAAGAGUUUUACUCGUCAGAGUACUCUCCGAAUACACCAGCGCAUUCACACAGGAGAGAAGCCGUAUCACUGUGGACAGUGUGGGAAGAGCUUUAUUUGUGGGACUACUCUCAAAUGUCACCAACGUAUUCACACAGGAGAGAAGCCAUAUUACUGCCCCCAGUGUGGGAAGAGUUUUACUCGUCAGAGUAAUCUCCGAAUACACCAGCGCAGUCACACAGGAGAGAAGCCGUAUCACUGUGGACAGUGUGAGAAGAGUUUUACUUCCCAGAGAAAUCUCCAAAUACAUCAGCGCAAUCACACGGGAGAGAAGCCGUAUCACUGUGUACAGUGUAGGAAGAGUUUUACUUGCCAGAGUACUCUCCAAAUACACCAGCGCAUUCACACAGGAGAGAAGCCAUAUCAAUGUGGACAGUGUGGGAAGAGUUUUAGUCAAGAGAUUCAUCUUCAGACACAUCAGCGCAUUCACACAGGAGAGAAGCCGUAUCACUGUGGACAGUGUGGGAAGAGUUUUAGUCAAGAGAGUAAUCUCCAGCAGCACAAACGCAUUCACACAGGAGAGAAGCCGUAUCACUGUGGACAGUGUGGGAAAAGUUUUCGUGACCAGAGUACCUUCCGCAGACACCAGCAAAGUCAUACAGGACAGAAGCUGUACCUCUGUGGACAAUGUGGACGGAGCUAUACUCAUUCAAGUUCUUUAAGGACACACAAGUGCUCUAACAUAAAGCCGUCAGAUCUUGACGUGAAUUUUUUCAAAGGGAGGUCAAAGGACAUUCGGACAAAACUAUAACAUUAUAUUACUUGUCAUGGACUGUAGUAUUCUGCUGCAUGGGACUUUCUUGCUGGGUUUUUAGAAGGAUUCAUGAUUUUAUGUUUUCCUGUUUUCCCCCGAAACACUAAUACCAAGCAUGGAAUACACAUAUUUAACCAGUGGGAAUGCCCACUUUAAUCAACCAAUCCAGACCUCUGAGUGAGACACACGUCUCUGACAUCUCCCUCUAACAUGAGCAAACAUCACCAUAACAGAGGCAUUGUAUCAUAAAUAUAGCAACCUUUUUUUUUUUUUUUUUUUUUUUUUUUUUUUU